AUGGAUACUGGUCAGUGGCCACAGGGGAUUGGAGUGAUGAAACCAGUGGAAGGCUCAAGGCCUAUGGUAGAGAGGAAGCCGAGGCCACAAAAAGAACAAGCUGUGAACUGUCCGCGGUGCAAUUCAACUCAUACCAAGUUCUGUUACUACAACAAUUACAGUCUCUCUCAGCCAAGGUACUUCUGCAAGACUUGUAGAAGGUACUGGACUGAAGGUGGGACUCUGAGAAAUGUCCCAGUUGGAGGAAGCUCAAGGAAGAACAAGAGAUCUACUUCAUCAUCAUCACCAGCUUCAUCAAAGAAGCUUGCUGAUCAUGAUCUGGCCCCACCAAGAAUUUCUCAGUCUGCUUCUCAAAACCCUAAGAUCCGCGAGGGCCAAGACCUCAACCUAGCUUACCCGCCCUCUGGUGAUUACAAUAGCCUCUCUGAAUUCAUUGGGUUACCCUACAGUAACAACAAUAUAAACCCUAAUACUUCAUCAACAUCAUCUCAUCUCUCUACCAUGGAACUUCUCAAGCUUGGAAUUACUUCAAGAGGACUGAAUUCUUUCAUGCCGAUGUCGGUUUCUGAUUCGAGUACAAUAUACUCAUCUGGCCUGGGUUUGCCAGAAUUUAAACCAAGCCUUAACUUUUCAUUAGAUGGGUUUGAAAGUGGUUUUGGAAGUCUGCAAGGGGUUCCAGAGACUAGUGCAAGACUUCUCUUUCCUUUUGAGGAUUUGAAGCCCGUUUCAGCCACAACUGAAUUAAUUGAGCAAAAUAGAGAGCAAGGAGAGUCUAAUGCUUACUGGAAUGGAGUAUUAGGUGGAGGGUCAUGGUAA